AUGAUGUUGUUGUCACUCUUGGCCUGUGUCCUCCUCUUCAUGCUUUGUGGUUGGUACGUGGUGUGGCAGCUCUUCUUAUCCAAGUUCAAGUUCCUACGAGAGCUAAUAGGAGACACAGGAUCCCAACAGGGAGAUCAUGAAGUCACUGAGCCAGAAACGGAACAGGAUGCACCAACUACUCCACAAAGGAGUCGGCAGAAAUCGGCACGUCAGCGAAGGGUCCCUGUCGAAGAUGAUUAAAAUGAGAUUAUGAGAUAAUCCUCAGGUGGACAAUGCUUUUGUAAUUAUGUGGCUUGGGUUCUACUGACAUAUUGAACAAGAAAAACCAAGUUACUUCAGAAGAGGUUCGGACAAAGUUUUAAUGGAGAAGAAGAUGGGACUAGCUAAAAGAAAGUUAGCCAAAGGAAAUUCCUGCUAUACUUUGUGGGUGGACUUUGCAGGAAAGUGCUCCCUGUCUUCUCCUUGAUGAUCUGGUUUACCUUUGCAUGAGUCCAAAUGGGGUCAGAUUUUCAGAACUGAAAUGACAAUGGAUGGCUUUCAUCACAAACUGCAAGUUGUUGCAGUUGGCAUCUAGCGUACACCUUCAUUUAUAUAUUUUAUAUAUAAUAACCUGUAUUCCUUCAGCCUUACUGAGGAAUGCAGUAAUGUUCUUUCUGCUUUGGGGAAUGGUUCAAAAGGGUGCCUCUCCUGUAGGAUAAAAUCAGUUUUAGGCUCAUGUGAAGGUUUUAAGAAUUGACUUAAACAGAUAAUGAAGCUGGUAUUUUUGUUUCAACAUAUGAAUUUUAGAGGCUUUAAGAAAAACAAACACUAAACAACCUGCUAGACUCCUGUCAGAGUGUUUCAUCAAUCCUUUCUGUUUUCUUUAACAGAAAGGAGAUAAGUCUGUUACAAACUUCAUCCAGUGCAAUUUUUAAAGGAGUAAAUUCAUUGGCUUUAAAGUGGGUCCUCUCCCACCCACUUUUCUUGUUUACUUUCUUUGCACCAAAAAAUUGUUAAAGCUAGUUGUAGAACUCUGACAAAGCUUGGGUGAUAUCUUUUUUUAAAUGUAGUCUCACCAUAUUGCUAAAUGGUGUGGCUGGGACCUUAUAUUUGGUAUUCCUCAUUUAAGGUGAUGCAGUUAGCAAAUUCUUCUCCUUUGUCUUCUAAUGAUGAGCAAUCACUGCUCAGUUUAUGGCAAAAGUAGUAUUAAUCAUAGCAUCAUAAUAGCAACUGACACUGUCAUAGAAGAAGCCACUGUACUGGUGGUAGAUGAGAAGUUAUGAUUAUACCUCCAGGUUUAUUGUAUGACUGACUUCUUUCUGGACUCCAGGGUGCAUCUUGGUGAGUUCUCUUGGCUUUUUUCUGGUUCAGCUCCCUGCCUCACACUGCGGUUCAGGAAGGACUACAGAAAAGUUUCUUAAUGGUUAAAAGCAGGUCAAAGCUGCAAGCUUUUCUACAAGCCAACCUGAGCUGCAACCUUUGAAUGAUCUGGCAGAGUCUUGAAUACGAAUUAUCUUGAAUUAUCUGUGGACAUUUUUUGUUAGGUUUUAUUUUAUUUUUUUAAGGCUGAGUGGUUCUGAGUGAUUUGAAGAUGCUGUUCUUAGGAACUCAUAAAUGGCUUAUAUCCUCUCUCUGCUCCCACCUUUUCCUGAAAUUUUAGCAAACACCCAGAACGGUUGCUGUAGUCUUUCUGUGGAAAUGUAUUUUCAUUUUGGGUUAGUUAAGGUAUGCUGGAAUAUUUAGUGAAUGUAGCAAAUCAUCCUGUUUCGUGUAAUACACAGCAACAAAUUUGGAAUUAUAUGCCUGAAAAAGUAAUGACCUAUAUCUAAUUGCCAAUCCCAAAAAGAAUAGACUUGUGAAGUUGAUGGACACUUGGUAAAUCACCUCUUAUGUACUUUAAUGAGUCUACUGUAAUUGGGACUAGCUGUUUGAUUUAGGCUUUUGUGAGGAGUGGCCCUUAGGCUCUCGGUCUGAAAAUGUCACAAAUGAAACCCCGAUUUAUUGAUAAGAUUUUCACUACAGCCUUCUUGUAGAUCCAUGUGAUUGAAAGAAAUGCUUGAAAUUAAAUAAGGCCCAUUGGGUUUAGGAGGUUUGGCCUCAUCUCUCUGUCCUCCCCAUGACAAAAGUUUGCUUUGUGGAAUUCAUAUAAUGACAAUGCUCUUGAUAACACUGGGGUUUUAUUUAAACAACUGGGGAGGGGGGGAACCUUUAAGUCCCACCUGUGUUUAUAAAAUCCUAAAGGAUAUCUUGUGCCCACAACAUUUGUGUUGCACUCGCUGUUUUUUUGUUUUUUUUUAAAUUUAGUGUUGGUGAGAAAGUCUAAUCCCAAUUUUGCUAUGGUUCCAGCCCUGCUGGCUUUUUAAGAGAUAUUCCACAAAGUCUCUGUUUGGAGAAAUAGUAGUAUAUAUCCCAUUAAAGAUGUGGAAGGUCUUUGUGAAACUGUGCAAACAUGCAUAGGCUGGUGGUGUUAAGCUAAUACAAAUGGGACAUAUUCCAACAGGGAAGUCUUCCUAUCAGAGAAACAUCUUGGAGUUUAAAUGGAGAUUGUCACUUCCAACACCAUGUGUGUUUCACUUAGCACAGAGGGUGAAAUACAUUUUGUCAGUCUGUACCCAUGUUGGUCUCCAUUGCAAGUUGUGUGGUGUUUCUAGUUUCACAAGUAGGAAUUUUUCCAUUCUCAUGUGAAAUCCCUCUUAGCUUCAGAUUUCACUUAAAUCACAAGCUGUUUUGUUGGGAAUCUUUUUUUGUAUGGAAGGGGAAAAAGCAGUAACAACUUGAAGGUUGUUCUCCAGGAUGUCUCCAAAUUUUAAAUGAUAGAUUUACAUAUCUAGAUAGGGGAGGAGAGCUGCAGUUUUUAUUUUUGUUGCUACUUUUUUCUGUUUACUUUUACAACCAUUUCAGUGUUAUUGGGGCUGGAUAGUUUUACCAGAUAGCUAUAGAUACACUUGGAAAACCAGAAGGAGCUUUCAAAAACCUAUCUUCUUUUAAUUAGAUGACAAAAACUGCUGAAGAUACUAAAGCAAGCACAUAAUAUGGUUGAAGAUGAAAGGCCAGUUACACUUAAAUAUUACUGAGCAGGUUGCUCAGAUAAAUAGUACAAUGCUCCCUUCCCUUAUGCAUGGGAUCCGUCCUGCCCCCCUCCCCCCGCGUAAGAGGAAAGUCAUGUAUGCUCACGGCCCAUUGGAAACAAUGGGGUGCGUGGGCGUGUGCACCAUUCAUUAUAUUGUCUUGUGGUUUCAGCGUAUGCUGAAAGGCGCAGAAGUGAAACCCGCGUAUGGUGCAAGCUCACUGUGCAGUCUUACUAUUAGUUCAUGUAUAUCACAGCAACUGAAAGCAUUUAUAGCAACUCUGGAGGAGCUGUGUGACCCUUCAGAUGUUGUUGGACUGCAGUCCUCAUCACCCUAGACCAUUGGGUAAGCUGACUGGUUCUCAGGUUAUUGGAGUCACAACAUCACUAGGGUCAGAUGUUCCCAAGCCCUGCUUUGUAGGAAAUACUGUACUGCAAUGCAUCACAACCAAUGAGUAGCUUGCUGCUCACGGUAUGUGGGAAGCAUACAGUGAGCUAGCCUACAUCUAUAUAUGUUCCAGGCUUGCCUAUCAUUAUAUGUACAUGGCAACUGAAACAAAUGAGACUUCUGUUCUUCAUCUGUGUUCACUGUUUUGUUUUGUUUUUACAAAAAUACCAAAUGUUUCUGUAUCCAUCAUGUGGACUAUUAUUUUCUCCCUUUAUUUAUUUGAACUGACUCCACUAAUAACUUGACAAAUAAAAAUGUAAAUAAUACAACAUGAUACAAAUGCUCACACUUAUUUUACCUGUCUUUUAUGGUGCAACAGUUAUUUAUUUACUUAUUUGUUUAUAGCAUACCUGGUUCCAAGGUUUAGUGGACGUAAUUAAAGUCUUCAAUUACCGAAUCCUUUAUAUUAUGAUAUUAAAAUCUCCCCUCCUCCACUGACUUGCUAAAUCUGAGCCAGAAUCUGAUUCAUCUUGGCAAAGUUUUCAAAAUGAGCUCAGGCCAAUGAAUUUAAAUUUGUAUCAGGUGUGAAAUAGUCCAUAGGGUUUGCAGUACAGUAGGAGAGAAAAAGCCUUUAAAAGGUGCUAGGAA